AUGAAUUUCACAUCGCACGCCUCAAACUUUGGUCUAGACAUCAAAUCACAAGACGGCAGUACUGGAUACGCCCUCGGCCUUUGCAUUGGGUUUCCCAUCGUAUUGCUUGUUGUCACCUACGUCUCGUACAUGUGCAAACAUGGACGAGACGAGGCUAUUGGAACUACCAACGACCACCACUCGAUGGCCAUGAACGGAUUGGACGAGUCAACCCUCUCCUCCUACUCGGAUGCCAAGCCCGGCGACACCUGCUCCAUUUGUCUGGCUGAUUAUGCCGCCGGCGAUUUGCUUAGGCGACUGCGCCCAUCUCUUCCAUCUCGCCUGCGUUGA